AUGUCUUUAAUAAUAUUUAUUGCAUUAAUUGCAUUUUCUUUAUCUUCUGAAUCAUCAGGAACAAUAAUUUAUCAUCGAUAUGAUGAUGGAAGUUACCAAUAUAUUGAAGAAGAUCAUUGUUAUCUUUUAUUUAUACCAUUUGAAUAUAAUGGUCAUACUUGUUAUUCUUAUAAGAUAGUUAAGAAUGGUGAUGAUUAUGAAGAAAGAGAUUAUUAUUCUACAAAUUGUACAAAGAGUGAAUAUAGUACAAAUGAUAAUGGUGAUAAAGUUGUUGUUGUAAAAACAGAUAAUACUGAUUCUUAUUAUUCAUUUACAGACUCAAAAUUUGAUGACUUUUUUGUGAAUAUUGUCUUUACAUUUACUCCAGAUUGUGUUGAUUAUAAUCAACAUGUAUCAAAUAAUUAUAGAGAACCUGGGUCUUGUUAUGAUCAUGUUGAUUUACAAGAUGAUAUAGAUAAUACUGUUUCUUAUAAAGUAAUUACUACUGAUGAAGAAAAUGUUGGAAAAGCUGUUGUUAGAUUAAAGUAUGAAGGACGUGGUUGUUCAGGAAAUCCAACAGCAAGAACCAUUGUUCCCUGUGAUAAGUGCAAUCAAUUAACAGCUCAAGAUUAUAGUGCUUAUGCUAUAGCCCUUUGUUCCUUUGACUCAGGUGCUAGUCUUACAAUGAUGUUACUCUUAGCUACUGUUAUGCUUCUUUUGUAA